UGACACCUUGAAUUCAUGCAUUUUAAUUUGGAAUUAAUAACUCAAUCAUGAUUAAUAUAAAAACAAGAUUUGUGUUUGAAUAGAUAAUAUACAAAACAAAACUCUCUAACACUAAUAGUUGUGAUUAAUAUUUUAUUAACAUGUCAUCUCUAUGUAAAUUCAUAGAUGGAGUAAAAACAGCAUUUUUAAUGGUGGUGGUUCAGGUCUCUUAUGCUGUUGUUAGCAUAUUGUACAAAUUGGUUGCAAAUAAUAAUGGAAUGAGUUUGUGUGUACUUGUGGCUUAUCGUUACCUUUUUGCAUCCAUUUUUAUGGUUCCUCUUGCUUAUUUUGCUGAGAGGAAGAGCAAGCCAAAGAUCACUGCAGAAGUUCUUUUUCAAGCUUUUCUUUGUGGAUUAUUUGGGGCAACAUUACAACAAAAUUUGUAUGUUGAAGCCGUAGUUUUGGCGGGUGUAACAUACGCUACGGUCAUGUACAACUUUAUUCCGGGUGCAACUUUUAUCUUAGCCGUAUGUUUCGGAUUGGAAAGGUUAAACAUUGGAACAUUAUCAGGGAAAGCCAAGGUGAUUGGUACAUUAAUGGGAAUCAGUGGAGCCAUGAUUCUCACAUUCUAUAAGAGUACUGAAAUUCACCUAUGGUCUACUCAUGUGAAUUUGUUGAAACAUCAUCUACAACCACAAAAUGUAUCUGCUAAUAAUAUAUGGGGCUCAUCUCUUGCACUGGGAACUUGUAUAUCAUAUUCAAUAUGGUUGAUAAUUCAGGCUAAGAUGAGUGAGAAGUUUCCUUGGCAUUAUACAAGUGCAGCAUUGAUGUCAGUGAUGGCUUCCAUUCAAUCAAUUAUAUUUGCUUUAUGUGUGGAAAGAGGUGAUUGGAAUCAAUGGAAGCUUGGUUGGGAUAUCAAACUUUUCACAGCACUUUUUGCAGGUGUUGUGGCCUCGGGAAUAGUUUGGGUUAUGAUUGCAUGGUGUGUGCGCAUAAAAGGUCCACUCUAUGCUUCUGUUUUCAACCCUCUAUUUCUUGUUCUAGUGGCCAUUGGAGGAUCUCUCUUACUAGAUGAAACACUUCAUUUGGGAAGUGUAAUAGGAUCAUUGAUAAUUGUGAUUGGGCUAUACAUUGUCUUGUGGGGUAAAGGUAGAGAAUUGAAGAAAAUUAUUGAGGUUCAACCAUUGGAGAUAAUUACCACAAAGCUUCAAGAUGCUAAAAGUCUUGAGAUUGAUGAUAACAUUGUCGUGAAGGAAAACAAUUAUCUAUAAACAAAAGGAAAGUGACAAGUUUAAAAAUAAUCAUCACAUGGGAGGCAUAUUCAACGACCAUAAAGUGAUCAGAUCAUUCAUUAUUUUGAUUUCUUUGUUAAUUCUAUAUUCUAAAGCAAUUUCAAACAUUAUUAUAUAGUGAUAGUAAAGUGUUAACUUUUUUGCUUUCAAAAUAACUUUAUGAAGAGU